AUGGGGAAACCCCGCAUGAUCAUAUUGAUCCGCCAUGCCCAGUCAGAGGGAAACAAGAAUCGCGACAUCCACCAGUUCAUUCCCGACCAUAGAGUGAAACUGACCCAGCAUGGCUGGACUCAGGCAGAAGAGGCAGGACGACAGCUACGGUCUCUGCUCAAGCCAGACGACACCCUCCAGUUCUUCACUUCACCCUACCGCCGUACGCGCGAGACGACCGAAGGCAUCCUCCGAACUCUGACCUCCGACGACCCAACACCAUCGCCCUUUCCCCGCAACAAGAUAACCGUCUUCGAAGAACCCCGGAUACGCGAACAGGACUUUGGAAACUUCCAGCCAUGUUCAGCCGAAAUGGAGCGCAUGUGGCAGGAGAGGGCCGACUAUGGGCACUUCUUCUACCGUAUACCUGAUGGUGAGAGUGCGGCUGACGCGUACGAUCGAGUCAGUGGCUUCAAUGAGAGCUUGUGGAGAUCGUUCCAGGACGACAACUUUCCCAGUGUUUGCGUCUUGGUCACACACGGGCUGAUGUCGCGUGUCUUCCUUAUGAAAUGGUACCAUUGGUCGGUCGAGUACUUCGAGGAUCUCCGUAACGUCAACCACUGCGAAUUCAUAAUUAUGAAGCGAAGCGAGAACAACGGCCGAUACAUCCUCCAGAACGAGUUACGAACAUGGUCGGAACUCAAGCGACGUGCUGCUAAGGAGAAGGAAGAGACAAAGAGCGCCACCUCAUCGACGCCGAGCAGGGCCACACCUUUGACUGGACUGGGCCAAGGAGGCAUCACCGCAUCUCCCACUAUACCCACGCGCCGAUGGGGAGGAUGCGUCAACGGAUGUGACCAUGACAAGAUCAACUACCCCCGUCGACCGAUGCGCAAGAACACUAUGGAGUACAUGGGACAAUCGCAACAGCUGCCCCCGCCGGCAGUCUCACAUAUGGAGCCUGUAGAAAGCGAACAGGAGGACCACCCAGUUGCAGCGCAGCAGACCGAACACGCUCCCAUUAUCAACGAGCCGUCGCCGGCAAAGCUUUCGCGGAAGCAGAGUACUAAGGGUGCCACCAUUCCGGAAAUGCCUCCAACGCCAGCAUCUCCAAACGAUGCGUCCAACGACGCUACAAGCAGUGAUGAAGGGGAAGCAACAUCGUCCAUGUCACGCUCAGGUAGCCAUGCGCAACCGAGAACCGCAGCUGUCCUCCGCCACCUACAACCUCACAAAACACCAGGCGAGGGUUUCUCUGAUGACUCCGACUACUUCCCGGGCAUGCAACAGAUACAACAUCGCAAGUUCCUCCGAGCAAGCUCUACGCAGCGCAGACAGUCCAAAGAACGUAAACUGCAGCGCAAACAGACAGAGCAGAGCUGGAAAGAGGAAUCUGGCAUGGGUAACGGCGUCAGGACCGAUAGACUGGGCGACGGCGAUGCCACCAGCGAUGACGCUGCCUUCGCGAAAGAGAAGGAAGGAGAACCAAUCCUCACGGAAGCGUUGAAAGGCAACAUGAUUGUCGAGAACAGUGAGGAGGAUAGAGAAGCCGGGGAGGAAGAGAAGAAGAUUGGCGAGACGGAGAUUGACAAGAUGCAAGACGCGGAGAGAAAGGGUUUUGGUGAGUUACUAAUCAGAUCUAAAGAGCUCCGGAACUACAUAUACAAGUAUGCAGCUGAGCAGAGCAUUCUGGUGAAGCUCUCGCACAACCCUAGCCUCACUAAGAACAACAUCGACUACAUCGCUCAAGAUCGUACGCUCCUAGGUCUCACACAAACCUGUAAACAGAUCCGCGAUGAAUUCUUGCCUAUCUACCUCACAACGACCACUAUCGCCAUUCCAUAUUACCAGGUCGAUCAGUACAUCUCCACGUUUGUCGAUCCACAACAUGGCACCUACGACGAUUCGGUCGGUAGUAUUAUUUUGCUGAGGCCAAGGGUUUUAGCAACACGUCAUUCCGUCGAUAUACUCCCAUUGGUCAAAAUCAUCGCUCGGGCGCCACGCUUGAUUGUACGCUUUCUCAACGAGGACGCCAAUGACUUCCGCCAGAACAGCUUGUUCAACUCGCUCCUCAACACCCAUCGCAACCCCCGCUGGAACGUCUACGUAGCAAGCUCGCUUUCUCAGAUCACCAUUAGCAGUUGUACGGAUGAAGGUCUAACGACCGCAAUUAUGGUCAAGAAAGAGUGGGCGGAAAGCUGGAUGGGUCUCAACUUCUAUAAGAAAACUGAGUAUCUCAACGCAGCAAUGACAUGA